UACAGUCCAAUUUAUUUAGAUAGAAAAAUCCUCACAAACUCAGUCUUUCACUUAACUACUUGUUACUCAACAAGUCAUAGGAUGACAGUCUCACAGAUAAUUGGCAGGGCAGGGAGUGGGGAGCUUAUGUCAGAAAAUUUACCUAACUGUGCAAGUUAACAAUUUUUUUAUUAUUACUAUUAUUUCUUUUUUAUUAUUAUUAUUUUAUGGCAGAGCCAUAGAGGACCAAUUUAGGAAGACUGCUUAGGAAGUUCAAGAAAAAUUUCUCAGAACUUCAUUACUUUAAGAGCAAAGACUUCCAUAUGCAACAGCACUAGAACCUUUGCUGUAGCUAGAGUAGCACUAGCUGCAGACGCAGGAGACCAAAAGGAUCAGUGACCUAAGACUGUAUCAUCCCUGAAGAUGUCAGUGAAUAAUGCUCCAAAUGUAUUCUUGGAUACAAAUGCUAAUCGGUUUCAAGUUAACAUAAUUAAUGAAAGUCGUGACAACAACGAAGCAUCCCAAGAGGAUGUGGGCUCCGACCCACCACAUUAUGAAGAAACAUCUUUUACUGAUGAAGCACACAACAGACUGAGAAUCAGUUACAGACCGGGAAAAAGAGAAUUAUAUGACAACUUCCUUCAAAGUGGGGAAAAAACAGAAGCUAGUUUACAUCCCUAUGAUACUCACAAUAAAAUGUACUAUCUACAAACUUUUGGCCAUAACACAAUGGAUCCAGUUCCUAAAAUUGAUUAUUAUAGAAACACUGGCAGUGUCAGUGGGAAUAAGCUCAACAGACCAAGCUUAUUAGAAAUUCAUGAACAACUAGCAAAGAACAUAGCCGUGAGCACCGGCUCAGUGGAAAGAGUGGCUAAUGGAGAAAGCACUGCUGGAGAUGAGACAACAGCUAGCAAGGAAGAAGAAAACAAAACAGGACUUGUCAAGUUUGGAUGGGUGAAGGGUGUGCUGGUAAGAUGUAUGCUCAAUAUCUGGGGUGUGAUGCUUUUUAUUCGACUUUCCUGGAUUGUAGGUCAAGCAGGAAUUGGUCUUGGAAUCAUAGUUAUUGCUCUGAGUGUAGUAGUAACAACAUUAACAGGUAUCUCCAUGUCUGCCAUUUGCACUAAUGGAGUAGUAAGAGGAGGUGGAGCAUAUUAUCUUAUCUCAAGAAGUCUAGGUCCAGAGUUUGGUGGAUCUAUAGGACUUAUCUUUGCUUUUGCAAAUGCUGUGGCAGUUGCUAUGUAUGUAGUUGGAUUUGCUGAAACAGUUGUAGAGCUUCUUAAGGAGAGUGAUACAAUAAUGGUAGAUGAGUCCAAUGACAUCAGAAUCAUUGGUACCAUAACUGUUGUAUGUCUUCUUGGCAUCUCUGUUGCUGGCAUGGAAUGGGAAGCAAAGGCUCAAGUUAUUCUUCUAGUUGUUCUCCUUAUUGCCAUUGCAAACUUCUUUAUUGGAACAGUCAUUCCUACUAACAACGAAAAGAAGGCAAGAGGCUUUUUUAAUUACCAAGCAUCAAUAUUUGCAGAAAACUUUGGACCAGAUUUCAGAGAUGGAGAAGGAUUUUUCUCGGUGUUUGCCAUUUUUUUCCCAGCUGCCACUGGCAUUCUCGCAGGAGCCAAUAUCUCAGGAGAUCUGAAAGAUCCACAAGGUGCAAUACCCAAAGGAACGAUGCUGGCCAUUCUGAUAACAACAGUUGCUUACAUAGGUGUUGCAAUAUGUGCAGCCUCCUGUGUUGUCCGAGAUGCUACUGGGAACAUCAAUGAUACAGUUGUAUCUGGAAUGAGCUGCAACGGAUCAUCUGCCUGCAACCUAGGCUACGAUUUUUCCAGAUGCAGAAAUCAGCCAUGUGAUUAUGGGCUGAUGAAUAAUUUUCAGGUGAUGAGUAUGGUGUCUGGCUUUGGUCCUCUCAUUACAGCUGGCAUCUUUUCUGCUACUCUGUCAUCAGCUCUGGCAUCUCUUGUCAGUGCACCCAAAGUUUUCCAGGCUCUUUGCAAGGACAACGUCUACAAAGGGCUCCACUUCUUUGCCAAAGGAUAUGGAAAAAACAACGAGCCAAUCAGGGGAUAUGUUCUCACUUUUGUGAUUGCUAUGGCGUUCAUAUUGAUUGCUGAACUGAAUACCAUUGCUCCAAUCAUCUCCAAUUUCUUCCUGGCUUCAUACGCUUUGAUUAAUUUCUCCUGCUUUCACGCCUCAUACGCAAAAUCUCCAGGCUGGAGACCUGCGUUCAGAUAUUAUAACAUGUGGGUAUCACUCUUUGGAGCCCUGUUGUGCUGUGGUGUCAUGUUUGUCAUCAACUGGUGGGCAGCUCUCAUCACUUAUGCCAUUGAACUCUUUCUAUAUAUUUACGUAACAUACAAGAAACCAGAAGUAAAUUGGGGCUCUUCUACACAAGCUCUUUACUAUAUUAAUGCCUUAGACAGCGCUCUGGCAUUAACUGCAGUGGAGGAUCAUGUGAAAAACUUCAGACCCCAGUGCAUAGCAUUAACAGGAGCUCCUAUGAUCAGGCCUGCUCUGCUGGACAUCACACAUACUUUCACAAAGAACAACGGGCUGUGUAUCUGCUGUGAAGUGUAUACGGGACCACGCAAGCUGUGUGUUAAGGAGAUGAACAGUGGCAUGGCAAAAAAGCAGGCCUGGCUUACAAAGAACAAAAGAAAAGCCUUUUAUGCGGCAGUGGCAGCUGACAGCUUCAGAGAUGGAGUCAAAAGUCUCCUUCAAGCAUCAGGCUUGGGUAGAAUGAAACCAAAUACUUUGGUGAUUGGAUUUAAGAAGGACUGGAGAAAUGCUGCUGUCUCGCAAGUUGAAAACUAUGUGGGUGUUAUACAUGAUGCCUUUGAUUUUGAGCUUGGCAUGAUUAUCGUCAGAAUUAGCCAAGGAUUUGAUAUAUCUCAGGUCCUCCAGGUUCAAGAGGAAUUAGAGAAGCUGGAGCAGGAGAGGUUGGCACUGGAAGCUACCAUUAAAGAAAAUGAAUUUGAAGAAGAAAAAAGUGGCAUCUGUGGAUUCUUCAGAAAAGCCAGAAAGCUCAAUAUCUCAAAGCAUGAAACAAAAAAGGAGAGCACCAUUAACACCAUACAGUCAAUGCAUGUGGGUGAAUUCAAUCAGAAGCUGCUAGAAGCCAGCACUCAAUUUAAAAAGAAGCAAGGAAAAGGUACAAUUGACAUUUGGUGGCUGUUCGAUGAUGGAGGUCUAACAAUCCUAAUUCCUUACAUUCUAACUAUCAGGAAGAAGUGGAAAAAUUGCAAAUUAAGGAUCUUCACUGGAGGAAAAGCCAAUAGGAUCGAAGAAGAAAAACUAGUGAUGGCUUCACUUCUAAGCAAAUUCAGAAUAAAAUUCGCUGACAUUAAUAUCAUUUGUGAUAUCAAUAUGAAACCCAACAAAGAGAGUUGGAAAUUCUUUGAAGAGAUGAUUGAACCAUACCGCCUCUAUGAAAGCUGCAAAGAUAUAACAACUGCUGAGAAAUUAAAGCGAGAGACUCCGUGGAAAAUUACAGAUGCUGAGCUGGAAGCAUUCAAAGAGAAGAGUUACCGCCAAGUCCGUUUGAAUGAACUCUUACAAGAGCAUUCGAGGGCAGCUAACCUCAUUGUCCUGAGUCUCCCAGUGGCAAGAAAAGGAGUGGUGUCUGAUUACCUGUAUAUGGCUUGGCUAGAAAUCCUCUCAAAGAACCUUCCUCCAACUCUAAUGGUCAGGGGUAACCACAAAAAUGUACUGACUUUCUAUUCUUAGAAAGAGUUCAGUGCCUAGAACAUCCCAUGCUUGAUUUCAACCCCACAUUUUUAAUGGCAGUGCUUUAUUAAAGACACACUUAUUUAAUACAGAUCUAAAACUUCACUUAUUGACAGAAAAUUUAUCAAAAUUCAAGGCAACAUAGUGGAGAGUUGGACAAGAAAAUGUGAUUGGUCCCUAGUGGUGUCACAUUCCAGCGCAAGCAAAAGCAGGAAAAUCCACCUGUAUAACAUAAGACAGCAAAUAUUUUGAGAACACAAUGAAGAAACUCCACUGAUUUUAUUUAUAUGGUAUCUAAAAUGCUUGUGAUAGUCAUCCUAGAAAGCCAAGCUUAACAGCUAAGUGUAAAAAGUGUUAAAUCUAUAAAUAAAUACUUUCAAAUUGCACUGUCAUAAUUGCUACUAAACACAGAGGAGGAUGAAAAUCAAAUGCAUCGAUGUGGGAGAGAAAAAAAAAACUGUACAGUACCCAUGAGGUCAAAGCCAUAAACUGAUAUAAAACAACAGAAUACCUGCGAUGCUGUUUAAUUAUAAUAUUACAUUAAAAUUAAAACCUAUGCCUACAGCAGAUUCUUUUACCUAAAUUGUAAUGCUAAUUCAAAUGCUUCUAAUUAACUUGCAAACAAAAAAGAUACUUAGAUAUAGAGAUGGAUUAAAUAUGGCAAGAGCUGAUAAUGAAUAUUCAAGCUCUGACAUGGAAUGGAAUGUAUGAUUUCAAUAAUUAAAGAUGGUGAGUUUCACAAAGAAAUUAGUCAAAUACUAGACAAAUACUGACAAAUUUUGCUAUGACUGUUAUGAGUUAAUAUAAUUUGAGAUUAUACUUUGGAAUGUAAUAUACAGUGAUUUAUGUAAGUGAUUAGAAAAAUGAUUAGCUGAGCUGAACGUCUUAUUUUUUUUUAUGUAUAUAAACUUUUGUUAUUUUUUAGACUUCCUAAAUAAUACUUGUUAUGCAUUAAGUUGAAAUAAAGGAAAUCCAUUAAGCUA